GAGCCUCGAGUACAUAAACAAGUCCAGACUGUACAUCGACGGUAUAGGCUAGUGACUACUACAACCAGACAUAUUUAGAUAAAGCAGAGGCAUUUAAGCUGCAAAAACUACUUUUCUGACAACUAAUAAGAUAGCAGUCUGGCUAAGGCUAAGCCAUAACAGAAAAUGAUCAGCAGAAUCCUUGCACAGCUGGUGGGAAGAGAAGAGAAGGACAGUGAUGUUGCAGAGGAAACUGAUAACUGUGCAAACCUCCUUGAGUUUGAUGAUGGAGAAUGGGUUAUCAUAAAGAUACACGAGAAUCAGUCACUUGGCUCAGCUGACACCAACAUUCUUGAGAACCUGUUAAUCGAGCACCCCAGCAUGUCUGUGUACCAGAUGAGGCCUGAUCAGGGAGACCUCGGUUCGGAUGAAGAAACGGAGGACGUGGCUAGGCCAGUGCCAGUCAGCCGUCACGUUUCUUGGCGGUUAGCAGCAUGGGGCAGCCCCUUGCCCUGCAGCGCCAUUCUGCUCUCAGUGCAGUGUGCCAGAGUCUAUAAUGAGCACAGGAAACUGACCCGCGGCGCCCUCAACAGGCAAAAUCUUGCAAGAACACGCUAUUCACCUUCUGAGCGGCGUUACUUCAAACAGCCCACUCAGCGCCUGUACAACAACUGAGAAAAUGAUCAAUUUCAUCUGAAAGCACUGAACAUACAGGAUUUGAUGAGUGAAGAGUGGUUUAAGGGGGUAUGUUUGCAAAUUAGCAUAUGAAACCAUUCCCCUGUAAGACUAGGAUGGAUUAAGAAAAAUGUUUUAUUACAUGCAGUGUGGUAUUAUUAUCUUCAGGAAGAAGUCUCACUGACAGUGUGUGACACUGAAAUAACUCUGUAAAGCAUAUGUUAAAAAAUUACAAGUAGUUUGCUUUAUUAGUCCUUUAGUACUUUAAAGUUUUUAAGCAAUGCAAUGAUUUUUGAGUGGAUCUAUUUUAGCUUAGCUGUGACUGGAGCAUGUAUAUAAAAAACAACAAAAAAACUUGUUUGAGAACAAUUAAGUGUUGAAGAUUGUACUGUACCAGGCAAAGCAAAUUUUCAAGUAUUGAAAUGAAAUUGUAUCUUAAUGUUACUCACAUGACAAAGUGAUAUGUUGUGAUUUACUGUGAUUAUUUGACUUUGUAUAUUUAAAUGCCUGGGGUUGCUUUUUUAUCUUCAUGAAUAUAUAUAUAUAUAUGAUAACACUUAAAAAGUGAAAAAAAAAAAUAAAUAAAUUUUUUAUCUUCA